UGUUAACAUUCGCUCCUACUCCAGUCCUGCCUCUAAGCGCUGACAGGAAGGGAGGAAUAAAUUGCUGUUGCCUGUUUAAAAGGAAUGACGGCCAGGUGAAUGGUUCAGUGGGUAGAGGAGCUUGCUGUCCAGCCUGAGGGCUUGAGUUUGAUCCAGUACCCACAUAAUGGAAGAAAACAGACUCCUGAAAGUUGAUCUUCAACUUCCACAUGUGUGUCAUAGCAUCCGUAUAGCCACCCCGACACAUCAUAUACACGAAUAAAUACAUAGUUGAAUUUGUGAGUUGUACAGUUUUCCUGGAUUAAAUGCUACUUGUGGACACUUUUAAAUUUGAUCCUCAGCAUACUGGUUAGAAUGUCCAUUUUUCAUAUUCUUGAUGAUGUGAGCAUCGACGCUCUUGAGCCCUGGCCUCAGUGGACUCUGCUUCUUCUGAGAAAUAAACAACAAGGAAGACUGAGGAGUUGUUGAGUCUCUAAACCAUGGCCCGUGUGUCGGUGAUGUUCAGUGAGGUGUCCAUAGCCUUCUCACAGGAGGAGUGGGAAUACCUGGACUUAGAACAGAGGAAUUUGUACAAGGAUGUGAUGAUGGAGAACUACCACAAUGUGGUCUCACUAGGAUGCUUCAUUUCUAAGCCAGAUGUGAUUUCCUUACUGGAGCAAGGGAAAGAGCCCUGGAAGGUUGUGAGGAAAAGAUGUCCAGAUUUGGAAACUAAGGAUGAGACCGACCAGUUGCUCUCAGAAAAUGGUGUUUAUGGAAUGAAUUUAUCCCAGUGGAAGAUAAUGGAAAGGGUUGGGGACAGUGGCCUGAAGAGCCUCCUUUUAAACAAUGAAUGGGAGUCAGGAAGAAAGCAGGAAAGACAAGCGGACUCUCGGGAGGGGUCUCUCAGUCAAGUGAAGCACACAUCUGAAAGAAUGUCCCCCUACAAAAAGCGCUCAUUGACUGCAUAUCAGAGGAUCCAUUUUGUGGAGAAACCCUACGAGUGCAACGAAUGUGGGAAGGCCUUUAGAGUCCGCCAGCAGCUCUCUUUUCACCAGAGAAUUCACACUGGCGAGAAGCCCUACAAAUGUAAGGCGUGUGGGAUGGCCUUCAGGCAGACCGCACACCUUACCAGGCACCAGAGACUGCAUUCUGGUGAGAACCUGCGUGAAUGUAAGGAGUGUGGGCAAGCUUUCGUAUAUGGCCCCGACCUCAGAGCACAUCAGAAGCUUCACACCGGUGAGAAGCCCUACGCAUGUAAAGAAUGUGGGAAAGCCUUCAGGGUACGAGGACAACUUACUCUCCAUCAGAGGAUCCACACUGGGGAGAAGCCCUAUGUGUGUCAAGAGUGUGGGAAGGCCUUCAGGCAGUAUGCGCACCUCACUCGCCAUCAGAAGCUUAAUGUCGCUGGCAGACUCUAUGAGUGUAAAGAGUGUGGGAAAGACUUUUUGUGUGGCUCUGGCCUUAGGGUGCAUCACAAACUUCACACUGGGGAGAAGCCAUAUGAGUGCAAGGACUGUGGGAAGGCGUUUAGAGUUCGGCAGCAGCUAACGCUCCAUCAGAGAAUCCACACUGGGGAGAAGCCCUAUGAGUGUAAUGAGUGUGGCAAGACCUUCAGUCGGGGUUACCAUCUUAUUCUCCACCACAGAAUCCAUACUGGAGAAAAGCCAUACGAAUGCAAGGAGUGCUGGAAGGCCUUCAGUCGGUACUCACAGCUGAUGUCACAUCAGAGUGUCCAUGUUGGGGUUAAACCCUAUGACUGUAAAGAGUGUGGGAAGGCCUUCAGACUCCUCUCACAGCUCACACAGCAUCAGAGUAUUCAUGCUGGAGAGAAGCCCUACACAUGUAAGGACUGCGGGAAGUCUUUUAGAUUGCGACAGAAACUUACUCUACACCAGAGCAUUCAUACCGGUGAAAAACCCUUCGAGUGCAAAGAAUGUAGGAAGGCCUUUCGACUUAAUUCUUCUCUUAUCCAACAUCUGAGAAUCCAUUCUGGCGAGAAACCCUAUGAAUGUAAGGAGUGUAAGAAGGCCUUUAGACAACACUCACACCUCACCCAUCAUCUGAAGGUUCAUAGUAAUGGAGAAAAGUUCUACGCAUGUAAAGCGUGUAGAAAAACCUUUGUCCGCCGUUCAACACUCAGUCAGCACCUGAGGAUCCACACCGGCGAGAAACCUUACAAAUGCAAGGAGUGUGGGCAGUCCUUCAGACAGCGGGCACACCUUAUCCGCCAUCACAAACUUCACACCGGUGAGAAGCCCUAUGAGUGCAAGGACUGUGGGAAGGCCUUCACAGUGCUCCAAGAACUCACCCAGCACCAGCGGCUUCACACUGGUGAAAAGCCGUAUGAAUGUAAGGAGUGUGGAAAGGCCUUCCGGGUACACCAGCAGCUGGCUCGGCAUCAGAGGAUUCACACUGGGGAGAAACCCUAUGAGUGCAAGGACUGUGGGAAGACCUUCAGACAGUGUACACACCUCACCCGACACCAGAGACUUCACACUUCUGAGAAACUGUACGAAUGUAAGGAGUGUGGGAAAGCCUUCGUGUGUGGCCCAGACCUGCGAGUACAUCAGAAAAUCCACUUUGGAGAGAAGCCCUAUGCAUGUAAGGACUGUGGCAAGUCCUUCAGAAUAUGCCAACAGUUGACUGUCCAUCAGAGUAUUCACACUGGGGAGAAACCCUAUGAAUGUAAGGAAUGUGGGAAGGCCUUCAGAUUGAGGCAGCAGCUUGUUCGCCAUCAGAGAAUCCAUACCCACGAGAGACCCUAUGAGUGUCUGGAGUGCUGGAAGACCUUCAGUAGUUACUCCCAGCUAAUUUCGCAUCAGAGCAUUCAUGUCGGUGAGAGACCCUAUGAGUGUGAAGAAUGCGGGAAGGCCUUCCGGCUGCUCUCACAACUUACUCAGCACCAGAGCAUCCACACGGGUGAGAAGCCUUAUGAAUGCCAGGAGUGUAGAAAACCCUUCCGACUGCUCUCUCAGCUCACUCAGCACCGGAGCAUCCACACAGGCGAGAAGCCUUAUGAGUGCAAGGACUGUGGCAAGGCUUUUAGACUUUAUUCAUUUCUUUCUCAGCACCAGAGGAUCCACACUGGUGAGAAGCCCUACAAAUGUAAGGAAUGCAAGAAGGCCUUCAGACAGCAUUCACACCUCACCCAGCACCAGAAGAUCCACAGUGGAACCUGACAAGCCUUCAGCUCUAUACCAAGUUGUAACAUGUCAGGAAAUCCAUUUUUCAGAAUAAUUUAUUUUGUGCUUAUACAUAAGCAUAAAGAAGAUUGUGUUGCUUUAAAAGCCCACCACCAUUCUCACUUAAAUGUUACAUUUCUUCACCAAAUUCCCAUGAAAGAAUAUUUGAUGAAUGUAGGGAAAUGUUUAGCCUUACCCAUUGUCACCUACAUUUUAACCACUCUCUUCCAGUGUGACACUGAACAGGACCCUAAGCAUUAAUGCCUUGUUUUGCUCACUGUCAAAAUGGUGACAAUAGCACUUACACAUACUAUUUAUUGUUAUGUAACAAAUUAAUAGAAAAAUAGUAGAUUAAGUAAUACACAUGUAUCAUCUAAAAAUUUCUAUACAUCAAGAGUCCAGGUAUGCCUUAGUUGGGUCUUUGAGGUUUCAGCUAAGGCUGGCCCUCAUCUGAAAGCUUAACUAGAGAAGGAUCCACACUGAAGGGAACAGGUUAGAUACCUGAAUUCCUUUUUUAAAGAGCUGAUCCAUUGGGAUUCUCAGUCUCUGGAUGUCAUUGGCUGAAAGAUGAGUGAAGCUCCUGGCCUAUUGACUGUGCCAGUGUGGCUGCUGCUCACAUGGGAUUGCACAAGCCAGGAAAAGUAGCUGCUAACAGCAUGAAAGCCAGCCAGCCAGACUGAAGUGAUAAUCUAUGCAAUCUAAUCACAGAAGGAACAUCCAGUCAUUUUACCACAUUCUACUGGUUAAAUAUAAGUUACCAGACCAGCUUACACUCCAUGAGUCUCAUGAAAUUGAAUACUGUGAGGAGGCUGGUGAGUGAGGACCAGGUUAGAGCCCACCUGCUGUCCUGCAUAAUAGCACUGACUUAAGGAUGAAGUAGUUAACACUUGAUCGACCAGCAGUCAUGGUAGCAUGUGUCCUAUAAUAAUGUCUGUAAUUCUUACCGCCAGUAUUGUUAAAUCCUGUGAAAGGAAGAUGAUCCCAUGGAAGUAAUAAAUGUAGAAAUGCCUCCUUUUACAUCUCUGCAUUUACAAACCUCAAUGUAAUUUCUCCUAAGUAAGACCUAGGGAAUUAUAGCCAAUGAGAGAUUUUGGUCACUUGAGCAAAAACUUCAUGUUGAAAAGCGAUUGAGUUUCAUGAAUGUGGGUUGUUAAAACAUAGCCAUUAAGGAAUCAAAGGGAACAACUUCUUAAAAUUUCAAAAAAGCAGCUCAUUUAGAAUCACUUCUCUGACCAGAUUCAUGUUCAAUGGCGCAGUCUCAUGGACAGCGUAAGGACAGCGCAGUCUCGUGGACAGCAAAAGGACAGACAGCAGCUUGGGAGCUCGUUUCUAUGUACACACACAUGUCAGUGUUGGGCUUGGAAGGGUCCGUGUGGUUAAAGCACCUGCUGGGUAAGCAUGAGGACCCAAUGUGGAUCCCAGAACCCAAGGUACGUGCCAGGGAGAUGUGGUGGCCCACUUGUAGAAGUCUGCUGUUGAACACAGCAAAGAUAUUCAUGGUUGGACAUGCAUCUCUGAGAAGGCCUUUAUAAUUUUAGGAAUUUAUAAAUAUUUAUUAACUAUUUCUUAUUCAUCA